UAAUAAAAGGCCGUGCUUCCCUGUAAUUUUUUCGCAUUUGAAAAAAAAUCUGAUCGAACGUGACCGCUCGGCAGAACAAGUGAAGUAGCAAUUACACGAUUAUAUUUAGUACUUUCUAACUCAACAACACAAGAUGUCUAAAGCUCCUGCUGUUGGUAUUGAUUUGGGCACCACCUACUCGUGCGUGGGAGUGUUCCAGCAUGGCAAGGUCGAGAUCAUCGCCAACGACCAGGGUAAUCGUACCACACCAUCCUAUGUUGCCUUCACCGAUACGGAGCGUCUGAUCGGCGAUGCCGCCAAGAACCAGGUGGCAAUGAACCCGACCCAGACGAUCUUCGAUGCCAAGCGUCUCAUUGGCCGCAAGUUCGACGACUCUGCCGUGCAGUCUGACAUGAAGCACUGGCCCUUCGAGGUUGUCAGCGUUGAUGGCAAGCCCAAAAUCGAGGUGACCUACAAGGACGAGAAGAAGACCUUCUUCCCCGAGGAGAUCUCCUCGAUGGUGCUCACCAAGAUGAAGGAGACUGCCGAGGCCUAUCUGGGCAAGACUGUGACCAACGCGGUCAUCACCGUGCCGGCCUACUUCAACGACUCCCAGCGUCAGGCCACCAAGGAUGCCGGAACCAUCGCCGGUCUGAAUGUGCUUCGUAUCAUUAACGAGCCCACGGCUGCGGCCAUUGCCUACGGUCUGGACAAGAAGGCUGUUGGCGAGCGCAACGUUCUCAUCUUCGAUCUGGGUGGCGGCACCUUCGAUGUGUCCAUUCUGUCCAUCGACGACGGCAUCUUUGAGGUCAAGUCCACCGCCGGUGAUACCCAUUUGGGUGGCGAGGAUUUCGACAACCGUCUGGUCACGCAUUUCGUGCAGGAGUUCAAGCGCAAGCACAAGAAGGAUCUGACCACCAACAAGCGUGCCCUGCGUCGUCUGCGCACUGCCUGCGAGCGUGCAAAGCGCACCCUCUCUUCCUCCACCCAGGCCAGCAUUGAGAUCGACUCUCUGUUCGAGGGAACCGAUUUCUACACCUCGAUCACCCGUGCCCGUUUCGAGGAGCUGAACGCCGAUCUGUUCCGCAGCACCAUGGACCCUGUGGAGAAGGCUCUGCGCGACGCCAAGCUGGACAAGUCUGCCAUCCACGACAUCGUGCUGGUCGGUGGAUCCACUCGUAUCCCCAAGGUGCAGCGCCUGCUGCAGGAUCUGUUCAACGGCAAGGAGCUGAACAAGUCGAUCAACCCCGAUGAGGCUGUCGCUUAUGGUGCCGCCGUCCAGGCCGCCAUUCUGCACGGUGACAAGUCGCAGGAGGUGCAGGAUCUGCUGCUGCUCGAUGUUACCCCUCUGUCGCUGGGUAUCGAGACCGCCGGCGGUGUGAUGAGCGUGCUGAUCAAGCGCAACACCACCAUCCCGACCAAGCAGACCCAAACCUUCACCACCUACUCCGACAACCAGCCCGGUGUGCUGAUCCAGGUGUACGAGGGCGAGCGCGCCAUGACCAAGGACAACAACCUGCUGGGCAAGUUCGAGCUGUCGGGCAUUCCUCCCGCACCCCGUGGCGUGCCCCAGAUUGAGGUCACCUUCGACAUUGAUGCCAACGGCAUCUUGAACGUGACUGCCCUGGAGCGUUCGACCAACAAGGAGAACAAGAUCACCAUUACCAACGACAAGGGCCGUCUGUCCAAGGAGGACAUCGAGCGCAUGGUCAACGAGGCCGAGAAAUACCGUAACGAGGAUGAGAAGCAGAAGGAGACCAUCGCCGCCAAGAACGGUCUGGAGUCGUACUGCUUCAACAUGAAGGCCACCCUCGAUGAGGACAAUCUGAAGACUAAGAUCUCCGACUCUGACCGCACCGUCAUUCUGGACAAGUGCAACGAGACAAUCAAAUGGCUCGAUGCCAACCAGCUGGCCGACAAGGAGGAGUACGAGCACCGCCAGAAGGAGCUGGAGGGUGUGUGCAACCCGAUCAUCACCAAGCUCUACCAGAGCGCUGGCGGUGCUCCCGGUGGCAUGCCCGGCGGUCCUGGAGGCAUGCCGGGAGCAGCUGGUGCUCCUGGAGCUGCCGGUGCCGGCGGUGCUGGCCCCACCAUCGAGGAGGUCGACUAAUUCAAUCGCCCCACAUGCAGCCCACACAGUAACAAUUCUCCCAGCUACAAAAUACCAACCAAACAGUAGAAGAGUUGCUUAAACAAAACUUGGAUUCUAAAUUAGAAAAUGACUACAAAACAUAAAUCAGCCACCAAAUCAAAUCGGGACGAACGACAACUGCUUCCGAGAAUCAUUUAUAAUAUUAUUUCAUACUAGAACAAAACCAAACACUGCUCCAUAAUAAUAUAUAUUAUAUUAUUGUCAUCGAUCGAUCAUCCAAACAAUAUUUGCUUGUACUUGAAUUCAAUUAAUAAAUUUGAGAAUUGCAAA